GUACUAAACCAUUCCUCAAAGGAUUAAAUUAAAUCUACAGCAAUAUUUUUGAUUAAAAACUAGGAAAAUAUAAUACUCGCUCUGUUUUAAAAUAAUUUAUUCUUUUUUCAAGAAUAAAUUAUCUUAAUUAUUUUUUAUAAAAUUAAUGGAUACUAUCUUUAUCAUCAAAUAAUUAAAAAAUUAUAUAUAUAUUUAAAUGUAUGUUUUUAAAACAUAACUAAUAAAAUUAAUUUAAUAAAAGAAAUGUGAGAAGCCUUUUGACGGACAGUGGACAAGUUGAAAUCAAAAUGUGAAGAGCCACCAACUGUGCCUUUUGCUAAAACCCCCAAAUUGAUUCCAUUAAACCCACUUAUAAAAACCUUUGUUUAUUUUCCUUUGCUCUUUUGAGAGUUGCCCAAUUUUAAUUCCAAAGCUUCAUUGGAUCUGAUCAUGGCCCAUUCAGCUAUUUCUCAGGUCUCAGUUGCUGCUCCUCUUCAAACAGAGUCCUCUUUUCGGAGAUCUACCAUUAAGGCUACAAAUGUAACAUUUACUGAUAAAACAUGGAUCUCUAUGCUUCAUGUUAAUCUACAAGCCUCAAGAUCCAGAAGUCAACAAAUUGUUUGUAUGUCAGUGAAACCGGCAAGUAAAGACAAAGUUUUAGUAUCGCCUUUAUCACUUGAAGAUGCAAAAGAACCGCCAUUGAAUAUCUACAAGCCCAGGGAACCAUACACGGCGAAGAUUGUCUCUAUUGAGAGGAUUGUAGGCCCAAAAGCUCCUGGGGAGACUUGUCACAUUGUCAUUGAUCAUGGCGGCAAUCUUCCUUACUGGGAAGGACAAAGUUAUGGUGUCAUUCCUCCUGGGGAGAAUCCAAAGAAACCAGGUAGUCCCCACAAUGUUCGUCUAUAUUCAAUUGCAUCAACUAGGUACGGGGACUCCUUUGAUGGGAAAACUGCCAGCUUGUGUGUCAGACGUGCUGUCUACUACGAUCCUGAAACAGGAAAAGAAGACCCGUCCAAAAACGGUGUUUGCAGCAAUUUCCUAUGUGAUUCCAAGCCAGGUGACAAGGUACAGAUUACAGGUCCUUCUGGUAAGAUAAUGCUUCUGCCCGAAGAUAAUCCUAAUGCCACCCACAUCAUGAUUGGAACUGGAACUGGUGUGGCUCCCUUUAGAGGAUACCUUCGUCGUAUGUUCAUGGAAUCUGUUCCCACUUUCAAGUUCAAUGGCCUCGCUUGGCUCUUCCUUGGGGUGGCAAAUAGGGAUAGCCUCCUUUAUGACGAAGAGUUCACCAGCUAUCUCCAUGAAUACCCAGAUAAUUUCAGGUAUGAUCGCGCCCUCAGCCGAGAGCAUAAGAACAAGAAAGGGGGAAAGAUGUAUGUUCAGGAUAAGAUUGAGGAAUACAGCGACGAGAUCUUCAAACUUCUGGAUGAAGGGGCGCACAUAUAUUUCUGUGGGUUGAAGGGAAUGAUGCCCGGAAUUCAGGAUACCUUGAAGAGGGUCGCGGAAGAAAGAGGUGAGAGCUGGGAACAGAAGCUCUCAAAACUCAAAAAGAACAAGCAAUGGCAUGUUGAAGUCUAUUGAUUAGGAAAUGCAGAUUCUUGGCGCUUGGUGUAGUGCAUUUAUUUGUCAUUGUUGCCAACAGAAACUUUAUUUGCACUUUAAAUGCUGUUGUACUGCCAGUCUUCAACAUAGAAGUUCGCUGCUCAGUGGCACUCAGAGAAUAAAUGUGGGUAAUUAGAAUCUUGCACUCUUUAUCUUUAUUUUUCAAAUGCCUAUAAUAGGGCAUUCUGAGAUAAAAACUGUCCUCUUUAAUGAUGGGGAAUAUGCUUAUUGUUUAUGUUCAUUUCAGCAAAUACUAUUAGUUGUUCCUUGAA